AUGGUUAGCAUCGAAGAUCUAGAGGCUGACAUACGAAAAUUAUGGGAACAGGAAGAGUUGCCACAAGACCGAAUCCUCACCCUAAAGGAAGCAGACUGCGAGAGGCAGUUCAUCCGAACUACUAAGAGGGAUCUAAAGUCCGGCCGAUACAUAGUCAGGCUGCCGAUUAAGCCUGAUAUGAACCCCUCCAUCCUGCUGCAUCCGUCAUUAAAAGACGCUGUCAUACGCCUCCGCCAGACAGAGACAAAACUUGAACGGAAUCCAGAGCUCAAAGCGCAGUACAAUGCAUUCCUAAAGGAAUAUCUGGAAUUGGGACAUAUGAGCGAAGUCCCAUCCGCAGAAAUUUUUUCCAAACAUUCAUACUACUUGCCACAUCAUGCUGAAGUUAGAGAGGACAGCACAACUACGAAAGUUCGCGUCAUAUUCAAUGCGUCCCAUAAAACUUCCUCCGGCACCUCGUUGAACGAUAUCCUAAUGGUGGGACCAAAUACGCAAUACACCAUCUUUGAAAUAUUGCUGCGAUGGAGGAGGCAUAAAUACGCAUUGGCUGCUGACAUUGAGAAGAUGUACCGACAGAUACUCGUAGACAGUCGAGACUGCGACUUACUGCGAAUUGUUUGGAGACCAGAACCCCAGGGUCCAAUAAAGCACUACCGGCUAAACACAGUAACUUAUGGCACCGUCAGUGUUCCCUUCCAAGCAACACGUACCCUACAACAGGUCGCUGAAGACGAGCAAUUCACGUCACCAUCAGCAAGUGAAAGCAUCAAAAAGGACUUCUAUGUAGAUGAUUUGCUGACCGGAUCCUCGACCAUAGAAGGUGCAGCGAAAUUGCAAAACGAUAUUGUGAACGUUCUCAAAAAAGCUGGAUUUAACAUUCGCAAAUGGUCCACGAAUUAUGAGGAGGUUCUGAAACAUGUAAGCACCGCUGACCAGGAAACGUCUGACGUAAUCAACAUCAAUCUAGAGAAUACUGUCAAGACAUUGGGUUUGCAAUGGAUUCCGAAAGACGACAUAUUCACCUUUAAAGUGAAACUGCCUCAUAUCUCAGCGAACGAGCCAGUUACGAAACGAAUAAUUACAUCCAAUGCUGCAAGAUUAUUCGAUCCGCUUGGUUGGAUCCAGCCCAUCAUAAUAGUUAGCAAGGUAUUUAUCCAAAGGUUGUGGCUACAGAAACUGGAUUGGGAUAAGCCCGUACCUGACCAGUUGAAAAUCGAGUGGCUGACCUACAUGAAGGAGUGGCCAGCGUUAUCACAACUUCAAAUACCACGAUACAUACAGACGUCUGAUCGCUGCAAGGUAGAACUCCAUGGUUUCUGCGACGCGUCAAUGGCAGCCUUUGCAGCGGUGAUUUACGUUCGAGUAAUAUAUCCGGAUGGCACGGUAUCUGCGAACAUAUUAACAUCGAAAUCGAAAGUGGUACCUUUAAAGCUACAGUCAGUACCCCGGCUAGAAUUGAACGGUGCCGUCCUACUAUGCAGAUUGAUGAAACAUGUGAAGCAAGCUUGCGAAUUCCCUACCGACACAGCUGAAUUUUACUGGACGGAUUCGACCAUUGUUCUCGCUUGGUUGAGUGAUCACCCAGCCAGGUGGAAAACGUUCGUCGCAAAUAGGGUAAGCGAAAUCCAGGCUAAGAGCAACUCUAGUCAAUGGAGACACGUCGAUACAGAGUGGAACCCGGUAGACAUAGCGUCACGGGGAGUGACUGCUUCGCAACUCCUCAAAAGCGAUUUAUGCUGGAACGGACCCGAGUGGCUGCAACACAAACCAAUCAACUACUUGUCAAGGGCAAUCAACAUUACCACGACACUCGAGAGGAAGCCUGAGACCGCCUGCAAAGUUGCGAAGGUUGCGAAGUUCACGUUCGACAAUAGUAUACUGGGGAGGUACUCCGACUUCGCAAAACUGACUAGAAUUGUGGCAUAUUGCCUUCGCUUUAAGUCACCAACUAUUGCAAAACCUGCAACCCUGACAACUUCGGAACUCAACAACGCUGAAAUGGCAUGUGUACGGCUAUCCCAAGCUUUAUCUUUCAAAGAUGAGAUAGAAAGGUUGGACAAGGGACAACCAGUUCCAGCUACUUCAAAAUUAUUCCAGCUGACACCGUUCACUGAUGCUGAGGGAAUCCUCAGGGUGGACGGAAGACUGCGACACUCACUAUUAUCGGACGAUCGUAAGCAUCCAGUGAUUCUAAGUCCUGACUGCAAGUUGUCCGAAUUGAUCGUAAGAGCAUACCAUUUGCGCACUUUGCAUGGAGACAAUCAAGUAACCCAAGCAGCAAUCAGAAGACAGUACUGGAUAUUGCAAUGCAUAACCUGUUUUAAAUCAAACGCAAAGCCAGGAGAACAGUUAAUGGGAGCGUUACCUGAAACACGAGUCACCCCUGGAGGAGCCUUCAAAACCUGCGGACUGGAUUUUGCCGGACCAAUACAACUAAAAUGA